GCAUCCCAGAAGAAUUCCAUCACCGACCAUGUUUCAUCUCGGCAGAGUUCCCAAUGGAGCAAUCUCUGCGAUUUCACCUCCUCCCCUUUGCAUUGCUCAUCCAAAACCCCACCUCUUCUCUCAUCCAAACAGACCCAAAUUCAAUCCUAGAAAAACCCUAAACCCCAAUCUCACCAUUGCCAAUGCAGAAUCCAGACCAAGCCAAACAGCCCUUUCCAACCCCACCUCUCAGUCCCCUCCUUUCCCCAGCGACGAGAUCGUUUCCGUUGAAGAAGACAGGGUCCCGCUCGAAGGCGUGAUCCAGAUCGAGAGGCCCACCUCAUCGUCCCGCUUCGAAUCGUGGGCGCGGGUCGCGCUUCUUGCCGGUGGGGACGUUCUGGUUUUGCUUCUGUUCGCUGCGAUCGGAAGAUAUAACCAUGGGUUUCCAGUUCUCGAUUUGGAGACUCUUCAUACUGCAGACCCUUUUAUUGCUGGGUGGUUUUUGGCGGCUUAUUUUCUUGGGGGUUAUGGGGAUGAUGGGAAAGGAAUCAAUGGUUCGAAUAAAGCCAUUAUUGCCACUGCCAAGUCAUGGGCAGUGGGAAUCCCGUUGGGAUUGAUCAUCAGGGUAGCAACGUCAGGCCAUAUUCCAUCAUCCAGUUUUGUAUUGGUAAGCAUGGGAAGCACUGCUGUUUUGCUUAUUGGAUGGAGAGCGCUGCUUACUUCUCUUCUUCCUAAUGAUCAAAGAACGAAGAAUGAUGUGUACAGGCGUGGGAGCCCAUUCGAACUUUUUGAGUUACUCACGUCAUUGGUGAGAAGGUGGUGAUGACUCACUUACAUGAAUCUGCGGUCCUGAGCUCAUGUUCCCGCUGCAUUCGAUCGUUACAAUAUGUGCCAGGGAAAGGAAUAGCCAAUGUACCAUAUACCAGCGCUUCUAUGUUAGGAAAUGAAUUCGAGAAGAAAACAACUUCCAGUUCUGUACAUGUUGGUCCUACUGGUCAUCUGAUCUGAUGGUCCACCAUGAAUGGGUUAUGUCCUAGAAUUCUUGUAAACCGAAAGAUCUUAACCAUCUAUUUAUAGGCCACAGAUUGGCAUAUUA